UGGCAUCCAACCGAAAGCAAAGGUCAAAAAACUUAAAAAGAAAAAAGAAAAAAACAAAAUAUGAACCUAACACUUGACCUUCCCAGGUUUGCCCCUCUUUGAAGUUUGUUUUUUGUCACUUUGUCAGGUAAUAACGUUAUGUUCCGCUUGGCCCGGCUGAUAUUCGAUCCAUCAAAUUUUCUCUUCCGAUCUGGCAGGCAGUAAUCUGUGUUAGUCGCCUGAGCCAUAUAACUGACUGACACCUCAAAUGGCUAGGGCUGACCUCAAACUAAUUCCUUUCGUUUUCUUCUUCAUCAAUUACGUCGUCGUCGUGGUUUCCUCUUUCCGGAUUUCAGAUGAAACCUUGGGUUUUCUUCCCUCAGCGAAUAGUACCGGCGACAUCAACAACCACACCACAAUGUUUCUGCCUCUCUUUCCUCCAAAAGAAUCGUGGCCACCACGCGAUGAACUCUCGCGUCGACACCUCCAGAAAAGUCAUUCAAGCGCUCGCAUGCCUCUCCACGAUGAUCUCCUCCUUAACGGGUAUUAUACGACUCGCCUUUUGAUUGGAACUCCUCCCCAGAGGUUUGCCCUUAUAGUUGAUACUGGCAGUACUGUUACCUAUGUUCCUUGCUCUACCUGCGAACAGUGUGGCAACCAUCAGGAUCCUAAGUUUCAGCCAGAAAUGUCAAGUACCUAUCAACCUGUGAAGUGCAAUAUUGAUUGUACCUGUGACAAUGAGAGGGAGCAAUGUAUAUAUGAAAGGCAAUAUGCUGAGAUGAGCUCUAGUAGUGGAGUGCUCGGAGAGGACAUUGUGUCCUUCGGGAACCAAAGUGAGCUGGCACCCCAGCGAGCUGUUUUUGGAUGUGAAAAUCUGGAAACUGGUGAUCUUUACAGCCAACAUGCUGAUGGUAUAAUGGGCUUAGGUCGAGGGGAUCUAAGUAUAGUGGAUCAACUUGUCGAGAAACAUGUGAUUAGUGAUUCCUUCUCCUUAUGUUAUGGCGGAAUGGAUUUCGGUGGUGGUGCAAUGGUUCUUGGAGGAAUAAAACCUCCUUCUGAGAUGGUUUUUACCCAUUCAGAUCCUGUACGCAGUCCAUAUUACAAUAUUGAACUGAAGGGGAUACAUGUUGCUGGGAAGCCAUUGAAUCUUAAUCCACAGAUUUUUGAUGGAAAACAUGGGACUGUGCUUGAUAGUGGUACCACAUACGCUUACCUUCCAGAAGCUGCAUUUGUGGCCUUCAAGAGUGCUGUCAUGAAAGAAAUUCCUUCCCUAAGAGAGAUCGAAGGGCCUGACCCGAACUAUAAAGAUAUAUGCUUUUCUGGUGCUGGAAGUGACAUCUCACAACUUUCAAAAUCAUUUCCACCUGUCGACAUGGUAUUUAGCAAUGGAAAGAAACUAUCUCUCACUCCUGAAAACUACUUAUUCAAGCACUCAAAGGUGCGCGGGGCUUACUGCUUUGGAAUUUUCCAGAAUGGAAAGGACCCAACUACUCUUCUUGGAGGAAUUGUUGUCCGUAACACUCUUGUAACCUAUGAUCGUGAAAAUGAAAGGAUUGGUUUUUGGAAAACUAAUUGUUCUGAGUUAUGGGAUAGACUUAAUGUAUCUCCCUCACCUCUACCUCCACCAUCACCCUCGAGCAUGGACAACACAAACUCCACUGCAAAUAUGACUCCAGCACUGGCACCUAGUGUACCUUCGGAGUAUUAUGCACCUGGGGAAAUCAAAAUUGGACUAAUAUCAUUUUAUAUGUCACUGAGCAUCGAUUACUCGAAAUUGAAGCCCCGUGUUCCAGAACUUGCCCAUUUAAUUGCGCAAGAGUUGGAUGUUAAUGUCUCACAGGUUCGCUUAAUGAACUUUUCAACAAAAGGAAAUGAUUCCCUCAUUAGAUGGGCCAUCUUUCCCGCAGAACCUGCAGAUUACAUGCCAAAUGCCACUGCAGUGGAAAUUAUAAGCCGGUUGGCUGGUAACCGUCUUCAUCUUCCUGAUACAUUUGGAAGCUACAAAUUAGUCAAAUGGGACAUUGAACCCUCACCAAAAAGGAUACGAUGGCAGCAAAGUUACCUGGUUGUGGUGGUAGCACUUUUAGUUGUCUUGAUACUAGGAUUAUCAGCUUCUCUGGGAUGGUUAAUUUGGAGACGAAGGCAAGCUCUCCCAUAUGAUCCUGUUGGAAGAGUUGAAACUAUGACAGAUGAAAAAGAGCUCCAGCCGCUAAAUUGAAAGAUAUUAUAUUAACCUGAAGUAUACAUGCAUGAAAAGGCACUCCUGACGUGAAAGUGCUGAUCUUUUUUUAAAAUCCUAGUUACAGGUAACAAAAAUUUUGUCUAGUUAAAGGAAGGUAUACCCAGUUAUAGAUAUAGUGUCUCACUGGCAUUAGACUGGAGGGAGGAAGACUAAAAGAACUGCUCACGAAUUCAUGUGUGAAUACUGUAUGAUAUCAUGUAAUGGGUAAGAUGCUAUUGCUGCUUCUACCUGGCAUUAGACUGGAGAGAGGAAGACUAAAAGAACUGCUUCAUUUUUCUUCUCUUUA